AUGUCCUCGAGCUGGGUUGAGCGAGGCAAAAAGUUGGUUUACAGUUUCACUACAUCCAGCCCCUCCGUUCAGGAUAACAACGUUUAUCAGACUAGAUCGUCUCCUAGAAAAAACCCUCCCCUUACUGACAACAAUACCGACAUGGGUGCUGACAAAAGGAAACGUGGGUAUAAGAGCAGGCCACAGCCUGACCACAGCGGCCGUAGCCUUAGGUCUCAUCAUAGCCCCCCUAGAAAGUCCGAUUACACGGGGCCGGAUGUCACAGGCCCACAGAACACUACACAGAAAUCGAAAACGGAUGUCGCUGCUACAUACGAAACGGACAGAAAGAAUGACACCAAGGACCAACGUAAAUCUGCAUUACUGGAAGAUUCGACCAACAUACGAGUCAAACCAGCAGAGCCCCCCAUCUGUGUCGAUAUAACUGAUUCGGGUGGUACCGAAAGCCCCAAUACACAGAAGGCAGUCUCACCUGAGAUCCCUUACAAUUUUUGCAAGAGUUGUGGGUGUUCUGUUGAAUUAGGCUCUAAGAGAAAGGACUUAUGUAAACUUUGCAGGGCUUAUCAAAGAGUGGGCGAAUUAGAAGAACAGUUGAACAAAAGCGAGCUCAGACUCGCCGAGGCAAUCAGCUGCUCCAAUUGGGCUGAAAGCAAGAUGGAGAAGCUUCAGAGGGAAGCAAAAGAUCAAGAAUCCAAACUUCAACAAUUGAACCAGAAGAACAGAAACUGGAAAUUAGAUUAUGAUAGCUUGAGAGAUGAUUACAAUACUUUGCAAGAUAACUCUUCUACCAUGAUUCAGAGGCUUCGAACAACGGAACUGGAAAUUGGUAAGCUUCAAAAAACGGAACUUGCAAGGUUGUACCAGGAGGAAGUGCUGCUUGAUACGACUGCCAAAGAUUGUCUUAGCAAUGACCUAUUCACCAAAGUCAAGGUGAUAACCCGCAAAUGCUUCCGAAGAAUCCCUUGGGAAUCCAGCGUGGGAGUUUUUCCCAAUCUGGAUCAGAUAUUUCCCGGGAUGUUCAUCGGACGAUGGACCAAAACUCAGUGGCCAAUGAUCCGCGACAACCCUGACUUUGGUACUCUAGCUCUUGUCGAUGCAGUACUAUUCAGUAUAAUUACGACUAGAUUCUUUAAGAAUCCCUUUUUCCGGGCUGAAAGUGACCCUGAAGUGAAACAGGCGCUUGACAAAGUUUACCUAAGUGAAAGGCAGGGAAACGUGAAAAACAUGGAACUGUGGAGGAAAACCACCGCUAUAUUGUUGAAAGAACUGUCCUUGAAGGGGGUCGGGGACCAUCAGGAUUCUGUCACAACGGAAGAGGCCAAAACGAAUCCAUCGCAGCUCGUCCUAGACAAGGUCUCUUCCGAACUCGAAACAUUUAUCUCCAAUUUUCUCAGCAUUCACAAAGCGCCUUCCGGUUUCGAACCUUCUGAGCUCGAAAGGAAGAUCUACGAUUUGGUAGCCUCUUCAGCAAAUCUUGCAGAUGAUUGGCACUCUAGAGAUUUCCGUCUCUCUAUCAUCGACAUCGACUGGCUUGAGUCCCAGGGGAUUGACUGGUGCACCGAAGGCGCAUCAAAGUAUGUCACUGCUUUCCCCAAGAACAAGAGACUCGAAGAGAAUGUCAAUUACACAAUUGCAGCCGUGAUUACACCGGGGUUCAUUCGGUACGAGAAGGGAGAUACAGAAGGAUCGGAGAUAGAAAUAAUAUGGGAACCAGCUUCAGUCCUUUUGGAAGAAGUGGAUUCGGGUGGUAUUAAAGUCGGCAUGUAUGGCUUGCGAAACAACUGGGGUAAGAACAAUCCGUUCCAAUGGUAG